UCAGAAGCUGCAUGAAAAACUACUUUGGAAAAUGACUGAAAACAAACUUAAGGAGUUCGUCUGUUGACACCAGAAAUGUCCUUUAAUCGCUUCAGUCCUCGGACCUGAUGACGCCGACUCGAGUGACAUCACUUGAGGACAUUUAUCAGACGUCAUGCAGCUUCCUCUGAAGACAGUAAAGACUUUACACAUCCCAGUAGAGAUGUCGGGAUGGGCAGCGGGGCAUCGGUCAGCGAAGAACCCCGUCCCGAGAGGCUGGAAGCCGGGGAGGCUGAGGCCGAACCCGUCCGACCCUUCACACCUGCGGGACGGAGCGACGACACCCUGCAGGCGGACGAGGAGGCAGUGAAACGUGACAGUCACGUUAUGGAAGUCCAGUCUUUAAAGAGCGAGGAGAGCGACAGACGCAGGAGAGAAGAAGAAGAAGAAGAAGAAGAAGAAGAAGAAAGAAUCACACAAACUGUCAUGAAUCCAGCUGUGACUGAAACUGUGGCAGAGGGUGAAGAAGUGUCUCUGGACUUUGAGAGUUUCCUCCACAACAACGGGACGCUCUACAGCUGCUUCAACCACCACGGCAACAGAGUUUAUGUCGACGAGUCGCAGAAGCUGCAGCCGUUUCCAAAGGAGUGGUACAAUCAGGGACGCUUCAUCACCGCCAAUAAUGAGGGCUCUGGUCAGCUGCAGACUCCGGCCAGCAGCCAGCUGGCGGUCAGGGAGGACGACCGCACCAGCAGCAUCUACAUCCAAGGCAAAGGAACCGUCAUGACCUACAUGUUUGAGGAGAGGGUGAACGUCUGCAGGUUCUGGGAUCCUCAGUCGGGCGUCUGGCUGCUGCUGCCGUUGCAGUGGGAGAUGAACGUUGAGUUUGUCAAAGCUCGAGUCCAGAGAGUCAUGUCGACCCUGCCAGGCCUGGUGGACCAGAAGGAGAUCACCGCAGCGCUGAGACAGUGUAACUACGACUCUGAAGAGGUCAUCUCCGUCUACCUCACCAUGUUCGGAGAAAUCCUCCUGCAGGCUCCUCCCAGCGGAGAUCACACCUACGCCGACCUCAACUCCUUCAGAGCCCUCCUGGAGCGGGACCGGGUCAUCGAGGAUCUGAAGCAGAAGCUCCGGACCAAAGAGAAGGAGGUGGACACUCUCUUCCAGAGGAACAGCUACCUGGCGAGAGAAGUCCGCUACCUGAGCGACGUGGUCCAACACCUGAACCAGAAGCUGGCAGAGCUGGAGGCCGACCAGCAGGAGGCCCGAGAGAAGAUCAGAUCUCUCCUGAACCACCGGCCUCCCGUCCCGCCUGCAAGAACCAUCACCAAACCCUCUGUGGACCCUGGCCAACUCCGCCAGGUGAGCUUUCUGACCCGCGAGCUGAACGUGUCCAACAAGCAGCUUCGAUCCACAGUCGGCCAGGCGAUGACCGACAUGAAGAACCAGCUGGAGGAGCUGAAGGGCGCCGUGGGGAAGCUUGCCCAGGUGGAGCAGGAGGCGGCCGGGGAGGUGGAGGAGCUGCGAUCCCUGUACAGGAGGGAGGCGGUGGAGAGGAAGAGCCUGUACAACAAGCUGCUGGAGCUGCAGGGAAACAUCAGGGUGUUCUGUCGCUGCAGGAGGAGCUCGGCCUCCGGCUCCUGUCUGGAGAAAACCGACGACCAGGAGGUGGUGAUCGUUCAGAAGGGAAGCAAGAAGAAGUUCCAGUUUGACAAGGUUUACUCUCAGAGCAGCACACAGGAGGAGGUGUUUGCAGGAACUCUGCCUGUGAUAACUUCCUGUGUGGACGGGUAUAACGUCUGUAUACUGGCCUACGGGCAAACCGGCUCAGGGAAGACGUACACCAUGAUGGGGAGCAAGGAAAACCCUGGAGUUAAUAUCAGGUCUAUACGAGAGCUGCUUCGCAUCUGUGCAGAAAAGGAGAAGGUUUCCUACACUCUGAAGAUUUCCAUGUUGGAGAUUUAUAACGACAGUUUGAACGACCUUUUAUCCAAAAGCCCCGGCGCUGCUCUGGACAUUCGAGUCCAGGGGAAGUCAGUAUCGGUCCCAGGACUGACCCAGAUCCAGGUCAAGACAGAGUCCGACAUCCUCAACGUCAUGGAGACGGGCGAAAAGAACCGAAAGAUCGCCUCGACCAAGAUGAACAUACAGAGUUCUCGGUCUCACCUGGUGGUGGCGCUGGAGGUGGAAGGUUCAGACGAGGUCUCAGGACUGACAUCUCGCGGUACGCUCACCUUAUGUGACCUCGCUGGAUCUGAGCGGAUCUCCAAGACUGAAGCUGAGGGUCAGAGGCUGGUGGAGGCGGCCGCCAUCAAUAAAUCACUGACGGCACUGGGACAGGUGUUCAGUGCUCUGAAAUGCAACGCCCUCCACAUCCCGUUCAGGAACUCUAAACUCACCCACCUCCUGCAGCCCUGCCUCAGCGGAGACGCCAAGUGCUGCGUGUUUGUGAAUGUGAGUCCAGACGAGAAGGACACGGUGGAAACACUGAGCACGCUGCAGUUUGGUUCGACCAUACGUCAGGUUUCACUCGGUAAAGCGACGCAGAACAUCGUACCGGCUAAGAACAACAAGACUGCCAAGUAGACGACAAACUAAAGCUCGAGCAGGUUUCAAAACAAUAUUUAUUUGACAAAAAUAGAAGAUGCUUUUCAUUCAUUUAACU